AAUCAAAAUCAAACUUGUGGACCUCUUUGAGUGCCUUCUAUCCAUCGUUCUUAAAUUCCCAUAUGCUAUAAUGUCAUCCACCGCUUCUAAUCACAUUCCCAAACCUCUCUACCCCCGAAUCUCUUCAAACUUUGGUGGUUCUCAUCACCAAAACCCUAAUAAAUCUUGAACAUGUCUUUCACAAUUAAACUCCGAAUCGCUCCAGCCAUUUCGCAUUUCGAUCUCAAUCGCAAAACCCAUAAAAACUCCACCAUUUCACGGACACCCAUUUACCAUUCCAACCAAUUAUCCACUUCCCUCGUGUUUCGUACCAAAAAAAUGGUGUCUCCCAUCAUCAAGAGUUCUUUGAUCGAGCCAGACGGUGGGGUUUUAGUUGAUCUGGUCGUACCGGAGAACCAAAGGGAUUUGAAAGCUUCAGAGGCUGAUGGAAUGGUGAAAGUGCAGUUAACGAAGAUUGAUUUGGAGUGGGUUCAUGUGAUUAGUGAAGGAUGGGCGAGUCCAUUGAAGGGUUUCAUGAGAGAAGAUGAGUAUUUGCAGAGCCUACAUUUUAAUUCACUGAGAUUGAAGAAUGAUAAUGGGUCUAUGGUGAAUAUGUCUUUGCCUAUUGUUUUGGCCAUUGAUGAUGAAACUAAAGAGCGAAUUGGGGGUGCUAAUGAUGUGGCUUUGGUUGGACCUGAUCAGAAAACAAUUGCCAUUCUAAGAAGCAUUGAGAUAUACAAGCAUAACAAAGAAGAAAGGAUUGCUAGAACGUGGGGAACCACAGCUCCAGGAUUACCUUAUGUUGAGGAAGUAAUAACGCCAGCCGGCAAUUGGCUCAUUGGUGGAGAUUUAGAAGUGUUGUCUCCUAUUAAAUACAACGAUGGUCUUGAUAACUACAGGCUCUCUCCCAAGCAACUUCGUGAAGAAUUUGAUCGCCGUGAAGCUGAUGCAGUUUUUGCUUUUCAACUAAGGAAUCCUGUGCAUAAUGGGCAUGCAUUGCUGAUGAACGACACACGUAGGAGACUGCUAGAUAUGGGUUACAAGAAUCCGAUUCUUUUGCUUCAUCCUUUAGGGGGAUACACCAAAGCAGAUGAUGUGCCAUUGGAUGUUCGUAUGGAACAACAUAGCAAGGUCUUGGAAGAUGGCGUACUUGACCCCAAGACUACGAUCGUGUCUAUAUUUCCAUCGCCAAUGCAUUACGCGGGUCCCACUGAAGUACAAUGGCAUGCUAAGGCACGAAUAAAUGCAGGUGCUAAUUUCUACAUCGUGGGUCGUGAUCCUGCUGGGAUGGGUCAUCCUACUGAGAAACGGGAUUUGUAUGAUCCAGAUCAUGGUAAAAAGGUGUUAAGCAUGGCUCCUGGCCUCGAGAAGUUGAAUAUUUUGCCAUUCAGGGUGGCUGCAUACGACACAGUGGCUAAAAAGAUGGCUUUCUUCGACCCUUCACGUGCUAAAGAUUUUCUUUUCAUCUCUGGAACUAAGAUGCGAACUUUUGCAAGAACAGGGGAGAGCCCUCCAGAUGGUUUUAUGUGUCCGGGAGGAUGGGAUGUUCUUGUUAAAUACUAUGCAAGUUUGCAAGUCGAAGAAGCUACACCGGCUGCAGUAUCCGCUUAGAGAAAGGACUCGGUUUUUUAUUUAAAAAAACGACUCAAUUGUAGCCGUUUUUCCUUUUUGGUUUGAUUUUUUGCUAAAAUUUUUCGACUUGUAUCCGAUACUAGGUUGUAAUUCAUCGGAUAUCGAUGGCUGUUUUGGGCAUAAUUGGUUUUCUUUGUGAAGUUGAAAGUUUAAGAUCAAAAUGGAUUUGUAGGAUUAUAUGCAUUGCCCUACUUUGCUG